AUCUGAAUGGAGUCUGGUGCGGAUUUCUCUUGUUUUCGCAUGCAAGGAAUCUGACUGAUAUCUGGUAGUUCUCACUGUGUACAUACAAGUAGCUGGACAAAUAAAUGUUUACAAAAACAGUAUGUACGUGUCUCUGUAGAGUCACUAUAAUACGUCCACUAACGAAGGUGAAGUUGAUCAACGAGCUGAAUGAGCGUGAGGCCAACCUCGGGGUGAACGAGUCUGUUUCCUGGCACAGUGUGUACAAAGACAGCGCCUGGAUCUUUGUUGGAGGAUUUCCAUACGAGCUGACUGAAGGGGACAUCAUCUGUGUCUUCUCUCAGUACGGAGAAGUCGUCAACAUCAACCUGGUGCGAGACAAGAAGACGGGGAAGUCCAAAGGUUUCUGCUUCAUCUGCUACGAGGACCAGAGGAGCACCAUCCUGGCUGUGGACAACUUCAACGGCAUCAAGAUCAAAGGUCGGACGAUUCGCGUGGAUCAUGUUAAAGAUUACCGUCCUCCCAAAGACUCUGAGGACAUCGACGACGUGACCAAACACCUGAGGGAGGAGGGCUGCGCUCCCAAAGCCCCCGAGUCCUCCUCCUCUUUCUCAGAGGAAGAUGAGCAGUACAGCAUACCUGUGAAGAAGCCCAAGAAAGAUAAGAAAGAGAAGAAGAAAAAGAAGAAAGAGAAGAAGGAGAAGAAGAAGAAAGAUAAGGAGAAAGAGAGGGGGAGCCGGGCGACUUCCUCCUCCUCACCUCCUCCUCGUCCUCCCACCGUCAGAGUCAAAGAAGAGAAGGAAGACGCCGCCUACGACAAGUACAACCAGAGGGGGGCGCCGCCGGGAGAGCAGGAGAACGGGCAGAGAGCGAGGGAGAACGAGAGACUCCGGGGGGAAGAGGUGGAGAGGAGGAGAGAGGAAGACAGGAGGAGAAACAGGGAGAGGGGCGACAGAGACAGAGAGGGGGACAGGAGGAGAGAGACAGAUCGGGAGAGAGACGGCGAGAGAAGGAGAGACGGAGACAGACGAAGAGAGACGGACAGAGAGAGAGAGAACGACAGACGAGAGACAGACAGAGACAGACGAAGAGAGACAGACAGAGAGAGAGAGGACGACAGGAGGAGAGAGAUGGACAGAGAUGGUGAAAGAAGGAGGGAGACAGACCGGGACAGAGAUGACAGACGGAGAGAGAUGGACAGAGACAGAGACGGGAAUAGAAGAAGAGAAACAGACAGAGACGAUAGAAGAAGAUAGAACGACAAAGACGGAGACAGAAGGACAGAGACGGAGGACUGAUGAAGAGACAAUAGAAGUAGACAGACAAUGACAGGAAGAGACAGAAAUGUUGAGAAAUGGACUGAUGAAAACGAGGAGAGACGGACGGAGACGACAGAUUCGUCAGGAUUUCAAUGUAAAGUGUUUCUAUCCAACUCGACUGAUGAUGAAAUGUAACGUCCUGUUCGUUUUCCUCCAGUUCUGUAAAGUUACAUGUUUUUUAAUGUUUGAUUUAAUUUUCUAAUUAAAAAACAUUUCCACCUGC